AUGUCAGGCUGGAAGUAUGCGUUUUCGUUACCAAAGCGCAAGUCGCUGAUGCUGAGCCUCCUGGAACCCCAAAACUUGUUGCCUGAAGACCAUGUUCGCCUUGUUCCGCAGCCCACAACUACAAUUCGCGACCCUCUUACCUGGCCUACCUGGCGAAAGCUCGCGAUCCUCUUUUGCUCCUCAUACUAUGCGGCCGUGGCAGACCUGACAUCUGCGAUGAGUUCCUCCAUGCUACCUAUCAUGGUGUAUCAGUACCAUCCCCCACAGACAUUCUGCACCCUCACGCACCUGGUGUCGGUGAACGUUAUCAUGUUGGGUGGGUUCAAUGUCUUCGGUCCUCGUCCCGUGCUCGUUAUUGCGUCUUUGAUCAUGACCCUUGGAAGUCUGGGGUGUGCACUUUCCAAGAAUAGCUUCACCGCUCUCCUCGCCUCGAGAGCGAUUCAAGGUUUGGGUGGUGGUCCAGCUGACACAAUUGCUGCCGAAAACUUGGGAGAUAUCUUCUUCGUUCACUAG